AUGUCGACCACAGAGAUUCAGGCAGAGCUUCAGGUGCUGUAUUCGACCCUCCGAGGACUUCAAGUAGCGGGACUCAGUUCAGUGGCUGCGCUCACAUGGCUAACUUUCGACAUAUUGAUGACAUUCGGACAGGAGGUGGAUUACAUAUGGAAGGCAAAAUGGACGUAUCCAAAGUGCCUCUAUAUUACGGCAAGAUACUACGGUCUUGUUAAUCUAAUCAUACUCACAGCUGUGUCCGUCAAUACGAAUCUCUCAGUAGAAGUCCGUCUUUCCACUCACAUCGUCAUGACCUGUAAAGGAUGGAUCUGGUUCGACGGCUACGGCAGUACGGUCAUUAUCAUGACAGUAGUCACGCAAAUCUUCCUUCUCCGAGUGAAUGCCUUAUAUGGCGGUAACAAAAUACUACUGGCAUUUCUGAUAGUCUGCUGGCUUGCUGAAUUCAUUGUGACCUGCGUCAACACAGCCAUGACCCUCCGCCCCGUGGAAAUCAUCCCAAAACCACUCGGCCUCCCCUUCCUCGGCUGCCUGAGCAAGGAGAUCAGUGCACGCUCCAGUCUCGCGUCGUGGGUGACCUGUCUCACAGUAGCCUGCGUGUACUAUGUCCUCACGAUCUACAAGCUCGCCCAGACAGUAAUAUUCAAGGAUUGGUUUGACGUGCGGCAUAUCUUUGGCAAGAAGAGCCCAUACCCGAUCAUGACUGCAUUCCUUCGCGACGGCUCUGUGUUCUUUGGCAUGAUUUUCUUGGCGGUUCUCCUCAAUACGGUGACGACGGUCGUCGGCGGGACCAUUCUGGCUAUCAGUGCACCCUGGCUCAGAGCGACGUACUCAAUAGCCGGUUCGCGCCUGAUCCUGAACCUGCGCUCGCUCUCCUCGUCUAUGAACACGAGCCUCGACAUGCAGAGCUUCUCGGGGCCGAGUCCUAAGCGCACGUAUGCAAACGCGUUACCGCUGGAGUUUCGCAUACAGACGCACGAGGCGGCGAGUGCAGGGACCGCGGGAUUGUCACCUGUAUAA